ACCAUGCCGCCGUGGGCAUGGCUGCCUUGACAGACGCUUGUUAUAACAGAGGUCGAGUAACACCAGAAUAAUGUAAUUUUGGUGGGCUCGCAACGGCGCAGAACAUGAAUCAGGGGGUACGUGGAUAUGGAGCUGGGACUCUUUCAAUAGGUCGGUUGCUCGUCCAGAAUUCAUCUCUUAUUUUGUUUUAUUCUCCCUGGAUCCCAUUAGAUAAUGUGAGGCGCAUCCGGGUCGAAGCAAGGUGAAGGGGAAAGACAAAUAGAUGCUAGGGUUAGCUAUUCUGAAGUAAACUGCGCGGAGAUAUCGCCUUGUAAGUCACUCAGGACUUUGUAAGCUAUCAAGGCAAAUGGAAAAUAUGUCAUUAACAAGGCCGAACUGGAUGCUAAAGAGGAAAAUAUCCGGGGUAAUAUCUAAAUACAACAAAAUAAAUAACCUCCAACUUGCAGGGGAAAACGUCGUACGCAUAUAAGCAUUGAAAACAGUGGUCAACGGUGAUCGGGUCGGUGAUGGUGACAAUCAUAAGUCAAGAUAAGCAGUAUGAGCAACAAAGAGAUAACGAGAAAAAACUCAGGGGUAUACAUGCAACAGAGGGUAAAGGAAAAUAAGUGAUGUGGAACGUAUAGAAAAAUGUAAGGGAUUAGGGGUAAACAAGACCUAUUGUAAUGGCCUGGGUGGCGCUGCUAGCAUUCUUUCUUAUCUUUCUCUGCUGCCGACUUCUCGCCCGUAUGCUCUUUGCCGUCGGCGUCUUUAUCGGAUUCUUCACGUUGAGUUUCAUCGCCCGUAUCCUCAGAAUCAACAAUCUCACCCCAGCCGGAUCCACGGCGGCUGACCCGUCCAGACACUCCAGGGAUGGCGCUGCCAACCUGCAUCCCAAUACUUCCGGUAAUGCUGUCGUUUCGGCCGUGGUGUGAAUGUAUACCGCUUCUGACGCUGCCUCGGUCUGUGGCAAUUAUUCCAGACAUGGAAUGGACGCUGGCUCUUUCAUUAUUAGAAGCACCGCCUCGGUUUAGCACACCAGCUACGUUAUGUGUAGACGAGCUGCUUUGGUCCGCUCCAACAACACAACCGACAUGUCCGCUCAACAUACUAAGCGGUAAGCUUUCACGGCUGCCGCUGAAGAGAGACGAGGGCGCAAGUGCUAGAACCGACGCAUUCGUGUCAAGAGAGUUUCGUCGUCGACGCUUGGACGAUGAUGCCAGGGUAAGAACAGAAGCGUUAUCUGUCAGCAGGUUGUUUGCUGUGGCGCUCGAAUAGGUCGUGGGAUUUGGAUUCACGGCAAGAUGUGGCGGAACGGCUGUAAUUGGAGAUGUAGGAAACUGAUGCGUAAAUUGGACACCUGGAUGUUGGGUAGUUGCAUGGUGAGAUCCACCGUGGUGUUCGUUGCCUAUACCAGCGGAAUAGUGAUUCGCAUUUUGGGCUGCGUUGAGCUGGGUCGACGGAGCUGCCGAUUGAAUCGUCGUAAGAGUCGUAGUCAGCGAGCGAACUGACGGCGACGGGGAUGAAAAGGUGCUGCCUUCUCCACCACCAGCAGGAUUAAAGCCAUUGCCGCCGGUAGCACAGGUACCGGCCUUGGAAUAGCCUGCAUCAGAGGCAGUGGUUUCGCCAGUCGUAGAGAGCGUGGGAGCAGCGGAUUUAUCCCCAGUCGUGGGGGACGGGUCAUCAUACUGGGACAGAUGGCUGGGUCGUAUGCUGUUUGCCGGCUCAGAGAAGGAGAGAUGGCCAUUUGUAUGUUCCCCGGAGCUUCUAUCUAUGGGGCCGGAUAGAUAUGGAUUGUUACUCUUCCUGUUUUUAGUGAGCGUACUGGCUCCGUUUCGCUUGUUCGACGCAUUGUUGGAGUUGCUGUCAGACGAGGAGCUCUUGAGAUUGGUGAGGCGUUUCAUCCAGUGGGAGAAUGGUCGUCGUCUUGCAUGGCGAUCUGUAGCUGCAUGUUAGCUUUCUCCGCAAAUUAAGGCUGAGAUUUUUUUGAGUCUGCCACUAGAGCAUACCAGGCGAUGAUUCUGCACUUGUCAUAUUUGGACAGCUGGUAGUUAACUUGUCUUCUUCGUAAACGUUGGUAUGGUGGAACAAGUGUCGAAGUGAUGCCUUCUGCCUUGUUUCCUUGAUGUCGCCCCGGGAGAUCAGACCUGGCCUUGAGCGACGGUAGCGCAGGCAGCCUCAGU